CCAGGAUCAGAAUAAAAGGGCUAAGGGGCAGAGUAUCUCCAUUCACUCACCUCCUGACGUACCCAAGGAUCUUGUGCUGCCUACCAUCUUGCUCCUGAGCACUCACCAGCCGAGAUGUCCUGCCAGCAGAGCCAGCAACAGUGCCAGCCCCCUCCCAAGUGUGCCCCCAAGUGCCCUCCCAAGUGCCAGACACCAAAGUGCCCUCCUAAAUGCCCCCCAAAAUGUCCUCCCAAGUGUCCCCCUGUGUCUUCCUGCUGUAGCCUGGGUUCUGGAGGCUGCUGUGGCUCCAGUUCUGGUGGUUGCUGUGGUUCCAGCUCUGGGGGCUGCUGCAGCUCUGGGGGUGGUGGCUGCUGCCUGAGCCACCACAAGCCCCGCAGAUCUCUCCGUCGCCAUCGUCACAGCUCUGGAUGUUGCAGCAGUGGUGGCAGCAGUGGCUGCUGUGGCAGCAGUGGUGGCAGCGGUGGAUGCUGUGGCAGCAGUGGUGGCAGCGGUGGCUGCUGUGGCAGCAGUGGUGGCAGCAGCCAGCAGUCUGGAGACUGCUGCUGACCUGAACCAUCAAUAUUUUAGACAAGCAGUGCGGGAGGAAGCAAUGUUCGAAGACCUGCCCUGGACUUUUGUUCUCUCUUGUUGCUGCCCUUGGUGUCCUGGGGUCUAAGAUGCCAUAGUCUUGUGGGAAGUACUCAAUGUCUCUCCCUGUUAAAGGGCCUGUCUUCUCUGUUACAAAAUAGUAAAGUCUUCCCUAACAAUCUU